AUGUCCAUCGAACUGGAAUGGCAAAAGCUAAAUUCAUCACUGGCGACCACCCUCAUUGACAUCCUCAACAGACAAUUAACGACAACUCAAAGACCAUCCUUCAUCGGUCCUGUCGAAAUCUCCUCGCUCGACUUUGGUACCGUCCCUCCAGACAUCGAGCUCGUCGACCUUCGUGAUAUAUACCGCGAUUUCCUGGACGACUCUGAUUCUGACUCCAAUUCUGAGCCAGAUCAUGAUAAUGUGAAAGUAACGGAGGGUGCAGGGGAUGAUGAAGACGGGUUUGAGUGGGUGUCAAGGAAGGGGGCACGCCGGGGGAUCGCGGAGGAAGGUCUGGCAUAUCAUCAUCUACCACCACACAUUCGUUACGGGCGCAGUCCAUCCGUGGAUUUGUUUGCGUCUACGCCUGCAUUGCAUGCCGGUUCGCCGAGAGACGUGUGGGGCGGGGGCGCUAUGCAUGUGAGCAUGCCUAGCUUGGGCGAAUUUAGGCCGACGACGAGCAGCUUGUCGAUACCAUCGUUUGAUCCUAGUUCUCCAGCUCCAACCUCUCCGCCCGAUAAUCCAGAUCUUCAGCUGCAUCUCUACCUCAAUUGGCACUCCAAUCUCCGGCUCACGCUCACGACAUCCUUAUUGAUCAAUUACCCUUCCCCGUCGUUCAUGUCCCUUCCGAUCAAGCUUUCAGUGACAGGGUUGGUGUUCACGGGAGAGGUGGCUGUCGCGUACGAGGGUUCGCGUGGCCGAGUGCACUUGUGCAUACUCGAUGAAUUGGAUCCCUAUGGUCCUGCGUGCAAACGUCCACGAAGCCAAUCCAGCACCCCUCCUGAAAUGGACGAAGACAACGGAAAACGCGACGGAAAACCUUUGCCAAUUGGCCAGCGCCUCCUCCCGUCUAUCUUGAUCGAGAGUGAGAUUGGCCAGGCGGACAAACAUGUCCUUAAAAACGUGACGCGAGUCGAGAGGUUCAUUCAAGAUGUCAUACGGAAUACGGUGGAGGAGGAACUCGUGUUUCCGAAUUUUCAUACAUUGAUCAUUGGCGACCAAGGACGCUCGUAA